CCUUGGGGUGGGCCCCCAAAGGGAUGCUCUCGCCCGAGCGGCGAGACCUGCCCCGCUCGCCUCUCGCCGCCGCCGCCGCGCCGCACCCGCCAACGGCCACCGACAUGGCUCUCUACUGCGGCGACAACUUCGGCGUCUACUCGCAGCCCGGCCUGCCCCCGCCUGCCGCCGCCGCCGCCGCCGCCCAGGGCGCCCCUCCGGCCGCCAGGGCGCCCUACGGGCUGGCAGACUACGCCGCGCCGCCCGCCGCCGCCGCCAACCCCUACCUGUGGCUCAACGGGCCGGGCGUGGGCGGCCCGCCCGCCGCCGCCGCUGCCGCCGCCGCCGCGGCGUACCUGGGCGCCCCGCCGCCGCCUCCCCCGCCCCCCGGGGGCGCCGCCGGGCCCUUCCUGCAGCCGCCUCCCGCCGCCGGCACCUUCGGCUGCGCGCAGCGGGCCUUCGCUCAACCCGCGCCCGCCGCGCCCGCCUCUCCCGCGGGGCCCGCCGCGCCCGGGGAGCUGGGCUGGCUGUCCAUGGCCAGCCGCGAGGACCUGAUGAAGAUGGUGCGGCCGCCCUACUCGUACUCGGCGCUCAUCGCCAUGGCCAUUCAGAGCGCGCCCGAGCGCAAACUCACGCUCAGCCACAUCUACCAGUUCGUGGCCGACAGCUUCCCCUUCUACCAGCGCAGCAAGGCCGGCUGGCAGAACUCCAUCCGCCACAACCUGUCGCUCAACGACUGCUUCAAGAAGGUGCCCCGCGACGAGGACGACCCAGGGAAAGGGAAUUACUGGACCCUGGAUCCGAACUGUGAGAAAAUGUUUGACAAUGGGAACUUCCGUCGGAAGCGCAAGCGCCGCUCCGAAGCCAGCAGCACCUCCACGGUGGCCGCAGGGACCGCAAAAUCGGAAGAAGGGCUCUCCUCGGGACUAGGGUCCAGCGUGGGUGGGAAGCCCGAAGGAGACAGCCCCCCUGCAUUGCUAAGGCCGCCCCAGUCCCCAGAGUCCCCCGAGGGCGCCAAGAGUACUGCCUCCUCCCCUGGAGGGUCCCUGCUCUCCUCCGCCCCUUGCCUCAACACCUUCUUCAGCAGCCUGAGCACCCUGAGCGUCAGCAGCAGCGGGAGCACCCCGCGGGCAGUCCCCACCGGCCGCCACCUAGGGAUCCAGGGGGGCCCCUUGGCCUCCAGCAGCACGUUCCCCGCCAGCUCCGUCCCGGAAGCCCCACCAGACAGCUUGCCGCUGAGCAACGGUGCCAGCAACGGCAGCAGCAGCCAGAGGUCCUCCUACUACAGCCCCUUCCCCGCCAGCAGCGGCGGGGGUCAGAGCAGCCCGUUCAGCAGCUCCUUCUACAACUUUAGCAUGGUCAACAGCCUCAUCUACCCCCGCGAGGGCUCCGAGGUCUAGGACAGCCUGGGACAGCCGCCCUCCAGACUUGAAUAUGCACACCCGAGGUCUCGUGACAUGCAGAUUUCAUGGGACAGGAAGUGGGCUUCUGCAUUCCUCUGGAGGCCCAGGUGCUCCUGUGGCCCGAUGGGAGCAGUAGAUAACUCUUCCUGCAGCCCCGUGCGCUUUUACAGGUUUCUCUGGAG